UGUGGUCAAUCGGGUGUGUAUUUAAUUUCCCCAAAUCUAACAGCAACACUUUCAAUUUUGCAUCAAUCGAUCGGUUUUGUUCUUAAAUUUCCGAUGGACGACAACACUUUCGAUCCCGAUCUGAUUCAUGCAAUCUUCAAGCUCGUAUGGAAUCGUAGAGCUCGCCAGCGCGAGAAAAAUGAAGGCACUGAGACUAUGGAAGGAGAGGCAGGAGCUGGAACAUCCAAGAAAAGUCGUCCUACCUUUGCUAAUGCAAAUGCUCUGAAGCUGAGCUGUGAACUUCUUCGAGUCUUUGUCACAGAGGCUGUUCAACGUGCUGCUACCAUUGCUGAAGCAGAGGGUGUUAGUAAAAUAGAGGCAACUCAUCUGGAAAGGAUUCUUCCCCAGUUACUUUUAGAUUUUUAACAGAACACCCAGGAAUGCAAAAUUUUGACCUUUGUAUGUGUGGGUCUGUGCUUUCUUUAUCCUGCCUUAGGAGUUGUUUGUUGACAGUGAUUUUGAAAAUUCAAUAUAUUCAAAUGUCUAAAGGUGUUUUUGGAAGUUAACUAGAGCAGUUAAUGCACCCCAUUUUGUAUUGUGGUGAGAAAUAGAAGAUCUUGUUUUGUAAAUAUUAACUUACAGAGUUCAAACCAUCAAUAUGAAUGUUCAUAUUGUAGGUA